UGUCUAAUAGGCGGUUUUGCAUGUGCUUCCAAGGUGUGCAAAGGUUAUGAUGCCCGACCACCCGAGCGACGUGCCGUCGAUCCCCACAACCUGCUUGUUGCACGUACGCAGCAAUCACACCACGCUCGGACACUGUCGCAUACCUAUUGCGCGACUGUUAUCAUGUUUGAAUACAUCCAUGGAUGCUCCUACUCUUGCUACUCUGUCACACCUGUAGGCCCCACAGAUGAGCGACCCGACAUCAUCUCGCGCGCUACCACCACUUGACCUACCUUCAGCUGCUCUUCACUAUCACGCACAUGCUGAGCCACACCCCGAUUCCGAGGAUGCAGUGCGAUACGAGCGCCAACGCUUCUCGAAGGAAUUAGUUCCUGUGCAUCACGAAAGGAUUGCUGGAGCAGAUGAAGCGCAUGCGACGCCCAGUUUCGCCAGUCUUCGAUCACGCGACACGUCACUGCGCAGCUCCAUGCAUGGAUCUAGAGACGACCUGAGACGCCGUACUUCUGCUGUAGACAGUGCGAGUACACAGGUCGAUGGGUAUGAGGAUCGAGACGACAGAGAGGAAGUGGACAGGACAGAGCGGUGGUAUAACCCACUCGUCAGGUUCUGGACUACACAUAUUAGUCUUAGCAUCGACGAAGGAGCGCAUCGAGAUCAUCUAGCACUCGAACGCACUUUCCUGGGCUACCUUCGCACCUCCCUCAUCCUUGUUGUGACGGGCAUCGUGACUGCCCAGCUGUUCCACUUGCAACACUCGUCUACGCCCAACUCGCGCUUUGGUUACUACAAGAUUGGGAAACCACUUGCAGCAACCUUCAUCUGCAUGGCUAUUGUAGUGGUUAUGAUUGGAGCAAUCAGGUUUUGGAGGCUACAGCGAGCGCUGGUGAGAGGGAAGGCGAUGGCGGGAGGGUGGGAAGUAGGACUCGUUAUGGCGUUGAUGGGAUUGUUGCUGUUGGGGACAUUUGCAGUGCUCGUUGGAGUCGAUAUAGAGAAGUCGUAUGUUAGAGGAUGAGUAGUGUCUGCCGUAGUUCACAUGCUACAGCAUGCGCAGAUGUGGUUAGUCAGCGCACCAGCCACGAGCACAAGUCCAGAACUAGUCAUGGAGGAGUUUGACGCUUCAAACAUGUCUCGGAUAGUCAUCGUUUGCUGUGGGUCCAUGUUAGACCCUUCAAACUAGUUAUGCUCACUGUUCAAGCUGUGGCACGGAACUCGGCGGAAGGCAUAGCGGCAGCAAACCGUAGUAACUAUGCGGGGCAAAGCGUUGGAAAGGUCUGCCGUGUUUGUGGGUAUAUGGGCUAUCGAAAUGGAUGAAUUGGCCCUAGGCCUCGGUGUAUGUUCAAGCUGUUGAGGGCAGUCAGCGA